AUGCAACAGCAGCCCACCUGCACUAGACUUCGUGUGCGAUCGCCCCAUGAUGCUCAGAUCAUCUUUCACGCUGUAGCGAUUGGCGUUUUGCCCAUGGUCACCCGCCGACUGGAUACGGAGGAACGUCGUUCGAUAUCCUCGGGAUGCGUUUUCGUAUGGGAGGAGCGUGGUCCUAGCCCGGAAGCCACCGGACUUGGUAUCGAACGAUGGACCGAUGGCAAAAGGUGGGGCCCAAGCCGAGUCCGCGACGAAUUUUUGUUCUACACAGAGAAAGACCCUGAACCAGUUGAUGUCGAGCCAAACUCAGACUCUGACACAACGAUCGGAUCAAGCCCCCUGGCGCACGCUGGCACGCCUAACGAAUACGUGCGUGUCAGCUUGGUCAAGCAGACGUAUUCCGUCUUCGUUGAGACACCAAGGGGACGGAAGAAGUGGCAUCUUAUCGCCUAUUUUACUCAUGAUACCCUCGACUAUCUCCGGACGGUGUCUGACCUUCCGGACCUCGCUCGCGUCGUCGUUCCUCCAGGGAACUACAGAAGCGCUCGGCAUAACACGAGCAAGCACAGCCGUGCUCAGCGAGAAGAACGGCCCCACCCUUUCACCCCCCAAUAUGCUCCCUACCCAUCACCCUCUCGGCCAGUUCAGCCCACGCCUUCUGGUCAGCAUCAUGAUGCCGGUCACGUUUCAGAGUUUGGUGACCGCUCAGGGCGUGCACCGCCUCGAGACGGACAAUCCCUGGCGCCCCUCACUUAUCUGCAGAACCUAGCUCCGUUGCGAAGACACCCAUUGGAUGAGGAGGCUCUGAUGGCAUUUUGCCCUGGAUUGAGUUAA